AAGACGCCUUGGUUGAUUUUUAAUUGUAUUUCUUAAGUGUUUGUAGAAUCCAUCAAGUUGAUUAGAAAAUAUUUGUUAGAAUUUUAUAAAUAGUGUGUUUGGACCUAUUUUAAUUUAUUAAUCACUUCAUGUAUGUAUAUUAGCUGAACCGGUGUCGUUGUCACGGAAACUGUUCCUAGAAAACUUAAUGUCAGAGAUGGAAUUGAUGAUCUCCGUGAAAAAAGACCUAUUCCCAGCUGGUUCAAUGCCCAUGUACUCUCUGUCUCUUUUGUGUUUCAUUUAAACAAAGAUAUGCACGUAAAUCUGUAAAAAAUCUUUUUAUUCAAAGACAUUCUGAGUGAAAUAAAUUCAAGUUUCAUUACUAGUAUUUGUAUCAAUAAGAAAAGAAUUAUAUUCCAAUGCAGUUCUGUGUUAACAAAUAACCAGCAUGGAUGAUAAUACGCCUGCCUACGGCUUCGAAAGGGACGACAUUUCCUUACUCAUGCAAACCUCGACAACAUUUUUCAAGGCUUUUCAUAACAGUCAAGAGAGCGAACAGAGUAAACGGGGGCAUCGAUGCAGUGGAGGACCAAUUGCUGCACUACUUUGCACGCUGUUGUCGGAAAUUGUGAUAUUGUGGGCUGUCACUUGUUGGUUUUUGGUGGAAAAGAUCCGAAGUGGUUGGAUAUAUGUACAAAGUGGGAACUUGAUUCUCCAUCCCUGCUACCGCAGUUGCCACAGUUGCAAUGCAAUAACACCGAAUCAUGCAACUUGAGAGGAGAAGACCAGAUGUUGAUCACAACAGAGGCGACCACGGCGUCGAGACCUUCAGACACCAAUCAUUGGGACUGGGUGCAUGAAUGGAACCCAAACCAUGUCGUGGAAUUCAGCUCCUGCCAGUUCACGGCAUCGACAACGAAGAGUUCAGUGCCACUGUGGACUCCACCUCCAGCGCUUCCUCGUCAUGGAUCAGUCAUUGACAAAGGCAAUGGAUGGAAACUCAUCAUCUCUAGAAACACACAAAAACGUAAUUUAACAAUGCUUGUAAUUCAAAAUACUGUUCAUAUGCUUGUAAUUCAGUAUAUGAAUUCAGAAUAUUCAGUCGAAAAAAUCAGGACCCCU